AUGACCUCUGCAAUCAAGAAGUUGAUCAUGACACCAUUCACAAAGACAAUGGUAUCGAUGGCACUAUCAGUUAUGUUCCUUUGCUUCCUUAUAUUGAUGUUGGUCUUUAUUCCAAUCAAGGUUCUCUCACUGAUACCAAACUUAUUACCCGAGCCUUCUGGAGUCGAUCCUGAAGAUCCUUGGAGGCGAUUUGGUUCUGACAUCAUAUUGUUUACAUCAACUAUUUACAUUCCAAGGAUGCAUCUCAACAUCACAUUGGGUACCUUUGUCAAGUACACUAGUCGUCUAUUCGCAACAAUGUUUGGACUGGACGAGUACUUGCUAUUGGACAACACUGACAAGGAUACAAAUGCCCAACAACAACAGCAGCAGCAACAACAACAGAACCAUCAACAUCAUCAACCACAACACCAACAACAACCUGGGGAUCCACAAGUAGAGGAGCGACAGAUUCCCAAGCCAAACCUAUUUAUUCUUCGUAUACUGGCCUUCAUGCUCAGCUGGUGUCUUGGCUCGAUCAUUGCCGUCUGCCUACUGAUUGGCAGUCCAUUGGCAGUUGGCAGAUUCCUUCUUGGAAUGACAUCGAUCGGCAUCCACAACGACUUCUACACAUUCGUGUUGGGUGUGUUUGUUUGUUGGACUCUGGCCAAGGUCACCGGUGCCGUGCUCGCAAGCAGGAGCAUUGAUCUUGCACGUUGGCUACCAGUGAUCACCAAGGUCACUGCACUUGGACUGAUGAUAUGCGUGCUACUACCAAUCCUUGUUGGACUUCUCUUGGACUUUGCACUGAUCAUGCCACUGAUCUCAACUCCAUAUCAGACAUAUCACUUCUUCUUCAAUGAUCUGCUCUCGAGCUGGAUAUUGGGAUCACUGAUACUUAGGUUUUGGUACAAGAUGGUGGCGACGUUCCCAGCUCAGAAUGGAGAUCUGAGACAUAAUCUUCCAGCGGAUGUGCCUGAUGAUCAUGAUGGCGCCCAGCAAGCGGGCGACACAUGGGCACACCGCUUCGAGCGCAUCAUGACCAAUGGCUUUGCCAACAUCGACUUCACAUUUACAUUCACCAAGGUGUUUGUGCCAAUCGCUCACUACCUGCUGACGAUGCUCACCGUGCCCUACUUUGUAUCGUGCGGGCUCAUCCCUUGGCUGGGCGGCAGUGCCACACUCAAGCAUCUCUGCUUCCACUAUGGAUUCACACUGUUCACAUUGGUGCUUGCUGCAGAGAAGCUGUCGAGCAAGUCCCGAUCACUAUUCAACCGUCUCCACGACUCAAUACGCGAUGAUCGAUAUCUAGUCAGACAACGUUUACAUAACUUUGAUCCUGUAAGA